AUGUUUGUCGAGGCAGGAAACCUGUCAGACCUGGAGACCGAUAGCUCACAGCUACCCAAAGAUUGUCCUUCCUUCCGAUUUGUCGGUUCCAAACAAUCGGAGGUCGAGUCAACUCGUGAUGAUUUAUUGUCCGAACACUGGUACACCCAUUCCACACCUGGUCAUGGGAGUGUGAACACUCCGGCACAUGGUGUAUUGUCCAAUCGUUCUCAUGGUAUCGGUAAACAAUCGCAACUGGGAACAAACUUCCGAUGCAACAGACAUCGAAUGCGUCGUAAUGGUCAAUCGGGGAGAGAAAGUCCGUUUUACGGAAAACGUCAGUAUGUAACCGGUAGUUCUUCCGACCUGGACGAGAUCGAGUGUGAUUCACGUCAUCCACCCCGUGGUCGUCCCGGGGUUCCUUCAGUUGAGGCCACACAACGUAUAAAUCAACUCGAAAUUGAACUGAACCAUCUCCGUUCCCAAUUGGCCGAGUUAAUUCUUCGGCAAGAACGGGAUGCACUCGGUCCCCGGAUCCCCGAGGGAGUUUCUUCACGAGCGGCUGCAGAUGGUGAAAGUGACGGGUGUGAAUUCGGGGCCAAACAGACUGGAGUGGCCACAACAACAGGACCGCCAUCCCAACUGACGUGCCCAGUUCCAAUACCUCCACCGCCGCCACCACCACCACCCACAAUCGCAUUCCCUGCUAACAAAACUUCGACUGAUGAUUGGCGUGCACGUCUGAUCGAGAAGAAAAGAGCAAAGGGCGAACUCUUCACCAUCUCAGCAAACACUUCUAUGUUCGAAUACGGUUCCAUAUUCCGAUUAGUUAUCUAUGGCGCUUGCCGAAAAUACGCCGACAAUCGACCGUUCUUAUUCAAUUCUGUUAGUACAAGCUUCGCAAAGUUUAUUUUCGAUGCGGCGAAACACGAAGGUAUUCCCACACGUACACAGAAGUACUCGAUCAUUCCGGUCUCUAUUAAGGCUUGUCCGUUAGCGGCUAAAGGAUCCUCGUCCUCCCCGACGGUCUCUAAAACCCCUUCAGGAAGUAUGCAUCAGGUAUUACGUGAACUACAAUCCGGGAGCAUCAAAUUGCGUUCAGUCCCACGCUCUCCAGGUGGUACUCCCAUCCGUGCCCACAAAAGUCCUCUCAGUACCUCGUUAGAUCCGUGCUCCAUUAUAUCCCGGGCGUUGAAGAACAAACUGUCCCGCAUGCGAACCGCAUUGAACAUAUCCUCCAGUGAAGACGGGAACAGUUGUGAGAAUUCCUUGGUGGAUUCUAAAUCGGAGACAUCGCAUUGGUAA